AUGAUUCCAAGAGGAAAGAGAUUCACAAGUCAGUUGCUUCGUGGGUUUGGAAGGAAUAGGCUCUUCUUUCGUCAAAAUAGCAAUGGUGUAAGCUUCUAUGAGCUCUUAGAACUCCCAGCAAAUGCCACAAUAAAGGAUGUAAAAGCCCAAUUUAAGAAAUUAAGUAAAAAAUAUCACCCUGAUUUGAAUAGUCAUUUACCACCUGAUGAUAAGGAAAAAAACAGCUCAAAGUUCGUUCUGAUAGUGACAGCCUAUGAUACCUUGAAAGAUGCUAAGAAGAGAAAACAGUAUGAUAUGACUCUAAAAGGACAAGCCGGCAAACAUAUGCAAGCGAGAAGAGACGACUGGAAUAAUCAAUAUUAUGGCGAAGCACGAUAUUAUUCGAAAUCUGGGAAAAGCUUUUCAGCUUCCGGAUUAAACUCUAAUAGGCAUCGUGUGCAUCGUCAUUCUAAUCAUGAAAACAGGUCGUCAUUUGACGGUCGUCACAUGAAUCAUGAAAACAGGUCGUCAUUUGACGGUCGUCACAUGAAUCAUGGAGAUAGGUACGAUGUACCUCACUUCAAUUACAACGAGCAUUUAUCGAGGCUUUUGAAGUUUGAGCAAAGGCUUAUCAAUAAAAGACUUUCUGAUGAAGAUCGAGAAAAAGUUCUCAAGCAACUAAGCAAGGACGGGGAUAUUUCUAAGCUUUCAGAUGAGUUAAUAACCAAACAUUUAAUGAGACAAGUACAUCAUAAUUACAAUAAUCAAUAUGGAUCGCAGACAUCCAGACCCAUGGCAGCGAACGGUUACACGCCGUCUACAAAACACCAAUAUAUGUACGAAGGACCACAUGAUAGAGAAUCAGGCAUAUUUAAAACACUUAUGCUUUUAGGAGGAGCAUCGGGAUCUCUUUAUUUCCUUUAUAACGCGAUAUUUUAA